AUGCUCAUUCAAAUAUCUCUUCCUUUUGGAAUAGUAGUUUUUGCAGCGAUUCUAUAUCAAAUAGCCGAUCAUUAUGCCCGUCGAUAUUUAGGUUUUAAUUCAACUGAUCACAUUCCUAUUUGUAAAACUGGUUCGUCAUCAGCGCCUGCUCUAGUUUGCGUACUAGGUUGGGGAGGAUGCCAACGUCGACAACUACGGCGUUUACUUGAUUUUUAUUCGUCGCAUAAUAUUUCAACAGUAUCAUGGAUUAAUCCAAUGUUCAAUUGUCUAUUGGGUAUCGAUACGAAACAAGUUGAACGUGUACUUGACUUUCUUCUACAUGAGAAUCGAACAUCGAAAAAAGUCAUUAUUAUUCAUAUUCACUCAAAUAACGGUACUCUUGUCUGGUCGCGUAUGCUUAAUAUAAUGAUGACCAAUGAACAUUAUCAUCAGUUAUUACCGAAUAUUAAAGGAAUUAUAUUCGAUUCGGCACCAUUCGUGCGUUUGCAUAAGUCAUCCGAUUGGAUUAUUGAGUCAGCAGUGGGCACAACAAAAGCCUGUGUUAGUAUUAUAUUGAAUCGAGCACAAUAUUUUCAUGUGUUUUGGACUCCAUUGAUUACGUACUAUUUAUGUAUACGAUUUUUCUAUAAGCGUUAUUUUUCAUCGGAUCCAUCGUCGUCGGGAAAAAUAUUAAGAGAACUUCUUAAUACUAUGCCAACUGAUAUAAAACAGUAUUAUUUGUACAGUAAUGGUGAUCGUCUCAUUCCGUCGUAUUCUAUUGAACAAUGUAUGGCUAGACAAGUUGAACGUGGUGUUCAAGUUAGUUCUCAUCGAUUUAUAGAUUCAGGGCAUGUCAAUCAUUUUCGUUUGCAUCCUGAAGAAUACGGAAGAUUAAUUUUAGAUUUUAUUGUAAAGAUUUAA